AUGCUGCGACGUGUGUGGCCUCUACUGAACAUUUCCAAGGAAAAGGUCUAUGAACUUCGUAUCUAUGAUGUUUUACCAAAUAAAUACGACAAGUUUUAUCGUAUGACGUCGGAGUUGUUGCCUUUACGUGCUUCUGUGAGUACGUGCCAGGCCUAUUGGAUAGUCCAACUUGGCGGAGUCAAUCAGGUAGUGCACUUAUGGGAGUACGACUCCCUGAAGCAUCGUUACGAUAUAAGGACCGCACUGGACAGUGACGGAGAAUGGAAGAAUCGCUACACGAUUGCGCGUCAGGAGUGCCUGUCUUCUCAGACGAACAUGUUGUUGCGUAUGAUAUACCGUGAGAGCAACGCCAGCAUUCUCAGCUUUAAAUAUAUGAUGAAGAUUACGCGGGAGAAGGAGUUACUUUUGAAAACGCCUGGAGCCAGUUUGGCAGCCUCCUACCGUGUGGUCACCGGGGAACACGAGGGCAUGUACCUUCAUAUAGUGAAGGGAAAGGAGCUAGACGAUCUUCUGGAGGUGGAACCGCUACCUGGUAGCAUAUCGAAGAUCAUGGGGCCAGCACGCUGGUCGUCGCUGAUAGGGUGUUUGUGGCGUUGA